CAUAAAAUAAAACCAAUCUCUCCUUACAUGUUUUUUAUUUUAUUUUUGUUACUCCUUUUGUUUUGUAAGAAAUAAUUUUUUUUUCGUUAAAACAAAAAUUUCCGAUGCUCCGCGCGUGAUCUCUUCUUCCCUUCCCGCGUUUCUCCGAUCAGGAAUUUGUUGAUGGGUGCCCCUAAGCAGAAAUGGACAGCAGAAGAAGAAGCUGCCCUCAAGGCAGGAGUUCUCAAGCAUGGAACUGGAAAAUGGCGCAAUAUACUUUCGGAUCCCGAGUUUAGUUCGGUCCUGCGGUCUCGCUCGAAUGUGGAUCUCAAGGAUAAAUGGAGAAAUAUAAAUGCCACGGCCAUAUGGGGAUCGAGACAAAAGGCUAAGCUUGCUCUUAAAAGAAAUCAGUUAGCCGCUAAACACGAUGAUAACCCCAUGGCACUAAUCACUGUACCUCCGACUGAAGAAGUCGUUGAUCCUAAGCCCCUUGCCAUUUCUAGUGGAACACCAAGGGUAACUGGUCCCAAAAAACCGGUUUCAAGGUUGGAGAAUAUUUUAUUGGAGGCUAUCACUAGUUUGAGAGAGCCAGGUGGUUCCGAUAGAGCUUCGAUUGCUUUAUACAUAGAGGAGAAAUAUGCUGCACCGCUGAACCUCAAGAAGCUUUUGGCUACGAAACUAAAGCUGUUGGUAGCAAAUGGGACAUUGACAAAGGUAAAGCAUAAGUAUAGGAUUGCACCACAUUCAACUAUUUCCGAAACAAGAUCUCCUCUGCUUGCUUUGGAAGGAAGGCAGAAGGAUUCUUCGAAAUCGGAGAAGAAAGCCAUCAACAUUCUUACUAAAACCCAAGUUGAUGUUGAGUUGUCCAAAAUGAAGACCAUGACUGCCGAAGAGGCCGCUGCAGCUGCUGCACGAGCUGUUGCAGAGGCAGAAUUCGCAAUUGCAGAGGCCGAAAAGGCAGCAAGAGAAGCAGAUGCCGCGGAAGCUGAAGCUGAAGCAGCAAAAAUUUUUGCUAAAGCAGCAGCUAAAGCUUUGAAGUCUAGGAUGCUCGUUACCUGAUGGUAUAAGGAGACACCAUUUGGUCUUUAGUUCGCUGCUGAAACCACGCAUCACACUCGACAUCAUGCUGGCUUGGUAUAUCAAACUAUCAUCAUGUCUAUAAAACUGUAAAUAUAUUAGGCUUGUAAAGGAUAAAAAUGUGAGAUUAAUCCAUGAAGUCGUGCUUCUUUUUGGACGAUGAACAUUCGUUGAGAAGCUUAGAGGGUUUUUUUUGGUGUUUCUAUAGCUUUUAUCUUUAAGUAAAGAGGGUAUAUAGAUAUAGCAAAAGAAAAAGAGAUGGCAUUGUGAUGGCAUAAUUGAGAUUAUGAUCUGUUCUUUUUCUGAAAGUCCAUCUGAAUAAAUUAAACUACAGUUUUGCA